CGGUUUCGCGCUGGCACGCCCACCCGUGAGGCGGCGGGCGACGAGCUCGGUCGCCCGGUGGGGACGCUCCCAUCUUCCCCCCUCCCUUCCUCCCCGCUGGCCCCGGGCGGCGCAGCCGUAGCGGGCAGGGCUGUGGGCGCCCGCUCCCCGCACCUGCCCGGCCGCCGGGCCCUCAGCCCCUCCCGCGGACAACAGCCGCUGCGCGGCCCGCACCCGCCGCAGCCCCCAAGGGAGCCCGUUCCCCUCAGCUGCCGGCGCCCCCCGCCGCCCGCCCCGCGCCGGGAUGUUCUCCAGGAAGGGCCACGCCGAUGUCAGGAAAUCCACCCAGAAGGCACUGGACCCCAAGCGGGACGUACUCACCCGCCUCAAGCAUCUCCGGGCGCUGCUGGAUAUUGUGGAUGGAAGUGACCUGAAGCAAUUUUUUGAGAACAAUUAUUCUCAAAUUUAUUUUAUAUUCUAUGAAAACUUUGUAAUACUGGAAAAUAGCUUGAAACAAAAAGGGAAUAAAUCACAAAGGGAGGAGCUGGACUCCAUUCUCUUUCUUUUUGAAAAAAUAUUGCAGCUACUGCCCGAGCGGAUUUUUUAUCGAUGGCAUUUUCGCAGUAUAGGGUCGAUUCUGAAGAAACUUUUGCACAGUGGAAAUUCUCUCAAGAUAAGAUGUGAAGGAAUCCGACUGUUUCUUCUCUGGCUUCAAGCGCUUCAGACUAACUGUGCAGAAGAGCAGAUAUUAAUAUUUGCAUGCCUUGUGCCUGGCUUUCCAUCCAUUAUGUCCUCACGAGGUCCCUGUACACUAGAUAACCUCAUUAGUCCUCCUAAUUCGCCAGAUGCUAAGAUUUUUCCAGAAGAAAUAGCUCCACUUUUGCCAGCUGUCUCUGGAGAGAAAAUAGCUGAAGACCAAACCUGCUAUUUUCUUCAGCUACUGUUAAAAUAUAUGGUAAUUCAGGCUGCAAGUUUAGAGUGGAAGAAUAAGGAGAACCAAGAUACUGGUUUUAAGUUUCUCUUCACCUUGUUUAGAAAAUAUUAUCUUCCUCACUUGUUUCCAUCUUUUACAAAGCUUACCAACCUCUACAAACCUGUACUUGAUAUUCCUGAUAUAAGACCAAGACCAGUAUACAUUACUGCAACACGAAACAGUGAAAAUGUCUAUAGCACAAAAAUCCCAUAUAUGGCAGCUCGAGUUGUUUUUAUUAAGUGGCUUGUUACCUUCUUUCUUGAAAAGAAAUACUUAACUACUGUUCAGAAUACAAAAAAUGGAGGAGAAAUGCUCCCUAAAAUUAUUCAGACUGUUGGUGUUGUAAACCAAGAUAAAAACACAGAGCUGGAAACCACUAUGUCUUACGCAAGUGAGCAGGAGAGAAGCCAUUCGAACAGCAGCACCUUGUCUGACAGAAGGCUCAGCAACUCCAGUGUCUGCAGCAUCGAAGAGCAGCAUCGGACCGUCUAUGAGAUGGUGCAGAGAAUCCUCUUAUCCACUCGAGGAUAUGUUAACUUUGUUAAUGAGGUAUUUCGACAAGCUUUUUUAUUGCCACCUUCUGAUAUAUCUGCAACACGAAAAGUGGUGAAGGUAUACCGAAAGUGGAUACUGCAAGAGAAACCUGUGUUUAUGGAGGAGCCAGACAAAAAGGAAGAUGGUCAGGAUGCUGUUGUCAACUUGGGAGAUUCAUCAGUGCAAACGGAUGGUAAACAUCUCUCCUCAGACCAUUCAGGACAUAAGCGCUCAUCCAGCUGGGGAAGAACAUACUCCUUUACCAGUGCUGUUAACAGAGGAUGUGUAUUAGAAGAUGAGGACAAAAAUGUUAAAGCUGGUACUCAAGCUGCGUUACAGGUAUUCUUGACAAACUCUGCAAAUGUUUUCUUAUUGGAACCAUGCAUUGAAGUCCCUGUGCUUCUGAAGGAGCAAGUUGAUGCUUGCAAAGCAGUUCUGAGUAUCUUUAGGCGCAUGAUAAUGGAACUGUCAAUGAAUAGAAAGACAUGGGAACAGAUGUUACAGAUACUCCUUAGAAUAACAGAAGCUGUGAUGCAGAAGCCGAAAGAGAACCAAAUAAAGGAUACAUUCGCUCAGAGCAUGUCAGGAUUACUUUUCCGAACCCUCAUUGUGGCUUGGAUCAGAGCAAAUCUGAGCGUUUACAUUUCUCGGGAGCUGUGGGAUGAGCUGCUCAGUGUUCUGUCUUCCCUGACGGACUGGGAGGAGCUCAUAAACGAGUGGGCCAAUAUCAUGGACUCUCUAACAGCAGUGCUAGCAAGAACCGUGUAUGGGGUGGAAAUGACAAACUUACCCUUGGAUAAGCUCAGUGAACAAAAAGAAAAAAAGCAGAGAGGAAAAGGUGGCAUUUUAGAGCCUCAAAAGACAGCUGUAGUAGGAAGAUCUUUUUCAUUAAGCUGGAAAAGCCAUCCUGAAGUUGUGGAGCCAAUGAGAUUCAGAAGUGCUACAACCUCUGGAGCCCCGGGAGUUGAGAAAGCAAGAAAUAUUGUUCGUCAAAGAGCAACAGCUAAGCGAAGCCAGUCUAUCAGCAACUGUGUUCAUCUUUAUGAGGCUUUGCCAGCCACUAAAAGUGUACCUCUUCUGCUUCACACUGUGAGCUCUCUCUUACCUGGUAUCUCUUACACUUCUUGCUCUCACAGACUGUCAGAAGUUGAAGAAUCUCAACAGAUGGAAAAUCCAACAGGAACAGAAACUACAGGCCUGUUUGCAGACCAAGAACAGCAGCUAACUCGUAGUAGCAGCACUUCAGAUAUUACAGAUCAGUUUCCAUCUGAAUUUUUUCAAGGUAAAAAGGCUGGAAGUUCUCAUAAUUUAACUUCAGACUCCAAACCAGUUCAGGAAAAUAAGGGAUAUAUCAAGAAGGAACAUGAAGGAGAGCAAGUACUAGUACAAAGAAGAAGCAGUAGUACAGCUGAACUAGAUUUGAAAUCAGACUUGCAGCAAUCGCAUGGAAGUUAUAGAGAGAGAGAAAAAAGUGAAAGUGUUAGCAGCGACACGUCCAUUGGCUAUAAUAAUGAAGUAGAGAUCACGCUCAUCCCCUGGCAAGCUUCUGAAGAAGACCACGAAGUUAAUGCGUCAGCAGAUAUUUGUGUGGAUCCUGAUGCUCCUCGCUGGCUUCAACUUAGUCCUUCAGAUACUGCAAAUCUAACAGACAGUAGUGAAUUCCUUGCUGAUGACUGCAGUAUAAUUGCUGGUGGAAGCCUUAUCGGUUGGCAUCCUGAUUCUGCAGCUGUUUUAUGGAGGAGGAUCUUGGGAAUUCUUGGAGAUGUGAACAAUAUACAGUCACCUAAAAUCCAUGCAAAAGUUUUUGGGUAUCUCUAUGAGUUGUGGUAUAAACUUGCAAAGAUAAGGGACAACCUUGCUAUCAGUGUGGACAAUCAGUCUACUCCCUCUCCUCCUGUCUUAAUUCCUCCUCUCAGAAUAUUCGCAUCAUGGUUGUUCAAGGCAACAACCCUGCCAAAUGAAUAUAAGGAAGGCAAACUUCAGGCAUACAGGCUGAUCUGUGCUAUGAUGACUAGGCGUCAAGAUGUUCUGCCAAAUUCUGAUUUCCUGGUUCAUUUUUAUUUUGUGAUGCACCUUGGCUUAACAAGUGAAGACCAGGAUAUCUUAAAUACCGUUAUAAAGCACUGCCCACCUUGGUUUUUCUUCCUGGGCUUACCUGGCUUUACGAUGCUGAUAGGAGACUUCAUUACUGCAGCGGCCAGGGUGCUGAGCACAGACAUGCUGGAGGCUCCCCGUUCAGAAGCUCACACCAUCCUUGGUUCUCUUGUUUGCUUUCCAAACAUCUACCAAGAAAUCCCACUGUUGAGACCUAUUUCAGAAGCCGGUGAGAUCAUUGCAGGAACUGCAGAUGUGAAGUGUUACCUCAUAAAUAUUUUAUUGAAGAAUGCUACAGAGGAGCCAAGUGAACCCGCAAGAUGCAUAGCCAUUUGUGGUCUUGGAGUUUGGAUAUGUGAAGAACUAACGCAAUGCACAAACCAUCCCCAAGUGAAGGAAGCAAUCAAUGUCAUAGGUGUGACACUGAAGUUUUCUAAUAAGCUGGUAGCUCAGGUAGCCUGUGAUGUUCUUCAGCUUCUGGUUUCUCACUGGCAAAAGCUUCAGAAGUACGAAUCCUCUCUGUCCAGAAAAAUUACUGAAAUCCUUGUGGCCACUAUUGCAUUUCUUUUGCCGAGUGCUGAAUACUCUUCUGUGGAAGCAGAUAAAAAGUUUAUAGUUUCACUGCUACUUUGCUUAUUGGAUUGGUGUAUGGCAUUACCCAUGAAAAUGCUACUGGAGCCGGUAUCUGCUGGUGUUCUUGAGGAUCAACAUGCAUCCAAAGCCCCUUUACUGGACUAUAUUUACAGAGUUCUACACUGCUGUGUGAAUGGCUCCAGCACGUAUACUCAGCAAAGCCAUUAUGUGCUGAGUCUUGCAGAUCUCUCGUCCAGUGAUUAUGACCCAUUUUUGCCACUUGGGAAUGUCAGGAGCUCUGAGCCAGCCCAUUGCCACUCUUCCACAGAUUUGGGCAACCUGCUCACUGUUGCUGAAGAAAAAAGGAGGAGGAAUUUAGAGUUGAUACCUUUAACGGCGCGGAUGGUUAUGACUCACUUGGUGAAUCACCUGAGUCACUACCCACUUAGUGGAGGCCCUGCCAUUCUCCACAGUCUCCUUAGCGAGAACCAUGACAACUCCUACGUUGAGUCCUCCGAGCUGUCCUCAGAAGUCUUCCGGAGUCCCAACCUGCAGCUCUUUGUGUUUAAUGACAGUACUCUUAUAUCUUACCUCCAAAUCCCUGCAGAGAAGACGACAGACACUGAGCCAGCAGCAACCCCCUCAGACGUUAGGGUAAUUGUCAGAGAUAUCUCAGGGAAGUACUCUUGGGAUGGCAGAAUAUUGUACGGACCUUUGGAGGGCUGCCUUCCACAGCAGAGUGCAACAAAAGCAUUUGUGAUCUCGGGCAACUCUGAGCACCACUUCACUUCCCAGAAAGACAUUUCUCAGGUGGAAGACGGAGAAGAUGCCCUGGACCAUUUGCUGGAAAAGAUUGGUAACACCAGCCCUGAAUGUCUUUUACAUCCCCAGCGAAAGCUGAACGAGCCAUCGCCACCACCGUUUGGUAUGAGCUACGACCAAGAGAAUGCAAUCGCUGAAGCCCUGAUGAGGCAGAGUGCCCGUGAAAAAGAGUAUAUGUUUAAGUGCAGCUCGGAGUUCGGUAUGAAGGUGGCCUGUCAAGAACCACCACGUCCUGCUGAACCUCAAGCAUCCUUUUAUUUCUGUCGGCUGCUGCUAAAUGACUUGGGGAUGAACUCCUGGGAUAGAAGAAAAAGCUUUCAUCUUCUUAAGAAAAAUUCAAAAUUACUGCGAGAACUGAAAAAUCUGGAUUCCCGCCAAUGCCGUGAAACGCAUAAGAUUGCAGUGUUUUACAUUGCAGAAGGACAGGAGGACAAAUGUUCCAUACUGUCCAAUGCCCGAGGAAGCCAGGCAUAUGAAGAUUUUGUUGCUGGACUGGGCUGGGAGGUUGAUCUUUCAACGCAUGGUGGGUUUAUGGGCGGCCUGCAGCGCAAUGGCAGCACAGGACAAACAGCACCCUAUUACGCUACCUCGACUGUGGAAAUUAUUUUUCAUGUGUCUACAAGAAUGCCAUCAGAUUCAGAUGAUUCACUUACCAAAAAGCUUCGUCACUUGGGAAAUGAUGAGGUUCACAUCGUCUGGUCUGAACACACUAGGAACUACCGCAGAGGCAUUAUACCAACAGAUUUUGGAGAUGUUUUAAUUGUUAUUUAUCCAAUGAAGAAUCACAUGUUUUUCAUAGAGAUAAUGAAGAAACCAGAGGUGCCAUUUUUUGGUCCUCUCUUCAAUGGAGCAAUCGUGACUGCAAAGCUGCUGCCAAGCCUCAUAUGUGCCACGUGCAUCAAUGCCAGCAGAGCCGUCAAGUCACUCAUCCCGCUCUACCAGAGCUUUUAUGAGGAAAGAGCUCUGUAUCUCGAAGCAAUAAUCCAGAACCAUAAAGAAGCAAUGACAUUUGAGGAUUUUGCCGCUCAGGUCUUUUCUCCCUCUCCCAGCUACUCCCUUGGUGGAACUGAUUAGAAUAUGUAAUGGUCUCAUUAUGGUAAUUGCUGCAGGUAAGAGCAAUGCUUCCCACAGGCCUCGCUGCUGCUGGCGUUGCACUUCAUCACUAACAGCUCUCCUCCUCUUCCUCUUCCUCCUCCUCUUCCUCCUGUGCUCAACGCACGGCUGCUGUGGCUCUGGGGCUCUCUGGGUCUGUCUCUGCCUGUCCCUGUUGCCACCACCCCAUCUCCUCCCGUCCCUGCAUACCGAGCCCCACGGGGUGCCCACCGCCUGCCCACCCAGGCAGCUGCUGCCGGGCCCAGCCAACACCAGCACCUGCCGCGAUGGGAAGCAUUUUCGUCGUGGCUGGGCCCGCCUGCGUGUGUGUUUGUGGCCAGGGCACCACGGGGACGGGGUCAGGGAUGGGGCAGCCACUGGGAAUAUGCUGGGCACACCCCCUGGCCCGCCAGUGGCGAGUGCCCAUGGCAGCUGCGUGGCAUCACCUCCAUGGCAGCGCUCGCCCAGAAGCCAGCGUGACUUACAGGAGAGAGCUGCUGGGCAGCUUUUGACGGAGUUUCCCCCCCUUUUUGCAAAUUUCACAUGUUUGUUGGCCAAGCUGUAAAUUUUAAGCACUGUGCUGGUCCACCUGUGAGUCAGAAACUGGUAAUUUUUAUUUACUAUGCCAUCACGGAGCUGCUGCUUGGUUUUUGCAACUUAUAAUUUCACAUUGCCCGUGCACCACCUGAAACGAACAGAGCAAGAGAGAAAAAAAAACCUCCCCCACAUCACUGCAAAAAGAACAAGAACUAAGCCUCUCGCAAGCAUCUUGACACCAGUGGAGCUGGCUGUCCCAGCGCGUCGGUGGCUGCGUGCAGCCCUGCUUCUCUCCCUAGCGCAGCUGAGCGAGCGGAGCCUCGGCUCUGAACAAAGUUGCAGGCUCCUCUUGCAAGACAGCCAAGUAAUUAGAGUUCGUGCCAGACAGCUUGCGAGUGGAAUUAUAAUAUUUGUAUGAAAGCCUUUAUCUUUCGUGGUUAUUACUUGCUCACUCUGCAGCUGCUGUCUCCCUAUCAAUCAGGGCGGUUUCGGGGGAGCUUCAAGGUUGAUUGCAUAGCUAAGGACUCGCCAGAAGAAAGUUUGGACUGAAGGAAUGUGCCGGCUCCUGAGGCGGGCGGAUGCUGCGCUGCGGUGUGCCUCCCUGCAGCCCCACCUGCCGCAGCCGCCCCGCUUUUCAUAUGCGCAGGCGAUGCAUUGUUCAGUGCUUGCAUGAAUAUUGCUUGAGCUUGUCCAUUUGGUGAAAACUGUAUUAUUUUGACCAUCUGCCAUUCUGCUUAACUGCAGGAAUGUAAAGUACAACAUCUCCCUCACAGCCCUUCCCUCCCCCACGCUUUUCUCCCCACGAACAGCACUGCAGGUUUUGUUUUUAAUCCCAAACUGACAGCUCCAGGUUUUUUAUGGAAGAUGUCUUUACAUGCUAAGUCAUAUUUUUCACCUUUUUUUAAUGCAAUAUUUCCCCUUCAGUCAAUUGUCUUGAAGUAUAAAUCUGGUAAGUAAAGAUUGUCUUUGAAAUGCAAACACCUGUUUGCAAACUGUUGGAGGAGCAAGAGGUGCUUUGGGCUUGGCUGCAGCGGGACCUGGGCAUUGCUCUGUUCCUGCUUCGAGUCACUAAAGUAUCUAGGGUCAGCUAAAGCACCGGGACAAAGCUUUAACCCCUGCCGCGAGGAAAUGGAAGGCGAUGCUGCCUGUGCCCAGCAAACCCCAUGGAGUUUCCGAGCAUUGCUCCCCAGAAGUGACAGGAUCGGUGCAAGCUGUUAACGUGCAGAGCAGGGCUGCUGCCGUUCCCGCUGAUGGGGUGAGACGGGCUGUCGUGUUUGGCAGGAGUCUGGAAUACCCGAAUUAACUUCAGCUGCGUGGUGAAAAAGCAGCCGAGUCUAUUUGGGUCUGUGUCCUUAGGAGGUAAAUUGAGUGCCAGGGGCUUCACUGCCCACAGAGACCUUGCCCACGGCUGCCCCCUCCACCUGGCUGAGCCACAGGCGAGUCCUGGCACGUUUCGCGAGGACAAGGCUCGCCCUGCUCGUGAGCGAGGUUGUCCCGCCGCGCCACCGCCUGUGAGUGGCUCAGCUGUGGCACUGCCUGCAUCUUGGUGCAUUGCCUGCGCGUUCGAGAGUCACCUGGGCUGGUAGAGGGAGUAUUAAAGACAGUAGCCCUAUAGUCAUCAGUUAUACAAACCAACAGCAAAUAAAGGCGUGGUGUGAAAGUACGGCUCAUUGCGCAGGGGAGGGUCUGUGCUGCAGAAGGCAGCCAUCGGCCUGGAGCUGGGAGGGGUCGGGCUGCCACAGUGGCCUCGACCCUCGGUGUGGGCUGGGGGCCGUCUGCCGGCCUCCGCACAGGCUCACACCACCUGGCUGCGAGGCUGCUCCUCUGCCCCACCGCCAAGCAAAACCUUUGUGUUAAUGCGUAGAGAAUUGUGACAUGGUUUAAAAAUACCGUACCCCAGGGGAGCUGAUGAAAUGACACGCACACGGGGAAGGGCCCUGGGACAGAUCAGAACUGCAGCAGCAAGAGCAGGGCUGGGUUGCAGCAUGCGUGUCCCUAUUCCUCCGAGCACCAUUAUGGGCGCACCGGGGAGAGGCAGGAGCUGCGCACACGCGCCCACCUCAGUUCAUUCAUUUACUUCUUAGUUUAAUCACUGCUCCUCAUCUGUUCUCAUUCAGACAACCCAUUUAGUCCUGGCCUCUAGUCGUAAUCGCCCCUGGGCAAUAACCGAGAUGUAACUUAAUGUUGUUGAACAGCAAAGCGUAAACACUUGUAGACACUGCUGCAGCCACCCGGGUCCCCCAGCCCACAAAUGAAGGUCUUGGAUGGUGGCCGUGAGUGCACCAACAAUGGUGGGUACCUAGCGUCCUCUUUGAGGAGUGGAACUAGUUGGGAAAAAAUUAGGAUUCUUUUUUAAUUGGAGUCUAAGAUACCUUCCAGGUGGAGUUUCAUGAAAGCAUUUGCGCUGUGGAAACUCAUUUCUAGCUCUCUGUAGCCGAUUAAAUAGAGGAGAGCCAUGUAGUGGCACACAGAGCAGAAAUAGUUUUACAUAAAACACACACUUGAAACAAACAUUUUUCGAGUCCUGUUACGUGGGCUUUAUUGGCCCGUCAAGCGAGCAGGAUUGGUGCAGCCAUUCCCCAGCACGGUGCUGGGCUGCAGGCGGCUGCUGGAGCCCCCCUGGGAGGGGCUGUUGGGGGGCUCUCGCCUGCCCACCGGGCGCUGCUGGCCGCUCGCAGCCCCGCCGCACCUUGCUUCUCCUGGAAGCCGGCAAAGAGCAAUGCCUUUUUUUUUUUGCGGGGAGGGCCAGGGUGGCAGUUCCUCAGCUGCCUGGGCCGCUAUAAAACGUCAGGUUCACCUGAGUGACACCCAAGAUUAAUUUGGAAGAGGAGGUGGGAGAGGGGCUGCGUUUUCUGCAGUUGUUCUGAUGCAAAGACACGCAGGCUGUUUCUGUCCUUGCGUUAUUUUCCCCUGCCCGUUAUGUUUUCCAGGCUGCCUCACCACAAGUGCAAGCGCUGACCUUCCCGUGGCAAUAGGACUGGAGCUGGCAGAGCAGACCUCGCCCGCGCUGCCACGGGCCUCGAGGAGCAGAGUCCCUGGGAAGCUUCGCCGCUCCGCCAGUGCUCUCAGCAAG